GUGAUACACUAAAUUACUAGUAGCUGCGAUGAGAUAGAUGCAUCUCCCUACGUCAUUGCCGAACUCCGCGGUUGCUUUGAAUUUCCUCGCAUAGCAGCCUCGUCCACCCUGCCAACAUGUGCUUCUCUCUAGAAAUGUCGAGGUAGGAGUUUGCUGGCAAUCCCACCUGCCUGUUUCUGUUUGUCUCCUUGUCUUCAGCACAUCGAGCGCAGACAGGCUUUGCCGCAAGGUGUCGAGAGACCCGAAAUUCGCUUUCGUGUACACUCUUUUGCUGCCUGCUUUAUUUUCCGACGCACUUCCACCUCUUUUGUCUUGGAUCUAAUUCUCACUUGUUCGAUCUCAACCACAUCAAGGUGCGGCACGAUUGUUGGUGCUACAAUGGCUGAGAAUGCCCAUUCUUUGGGACCUACAUGUGUGUUUCACGAAGACGACACCGAAGACACCAUCACGGACGACUUAAGCCCACCGAAAGUGAAAGCUUAUUCUUCUACGUCUCCUCCCUCCCUAUAGACGACCCUCUCUCGCCUUUACCGCCAAUACCAACGGCGGAGAAAAUCACCGACUUUCCUCCCAAGCCCUUCUCUGUUCGGGACAAUGCGGCUCUGGAAGAAGCAUGGCAGUCUUUCCAAGACGGCGGACCUGGCUCCCUGACAGAUCCUCAUGCAAAGAGACGGAGAAAUCUGGCUCGUGGAGUCAUUUCGUUUCCUGAAUUCAAAGAUUCCAAAGGUACUCCUGCUACACAGCCUCUGGCCACAAGAUCCGGAAAUGCAGGAAAGACACCAGGACGGGCUUCCGCGGAGCCGACUCAAGCCGAAGCUGAAGUCAUGCUAGACCCGGUCCCGCUGGAACUGAGUGCGGACUCAAAAACAGUCGACAUGCAGGAACUACAAACACCACAGGAUGACAUGCCCCCCAAAGCGUCCACCAAGCACAAGAGACGAAUGUCACCCUUCCGCCACAGGCACAAGGAUGGGAAGAGCGGUCGCGACACUUCUGCUCCUUCAAAGAAUUCUGACAGAGGCCGUCUCGUUCCAUCUCCUUCAUUCGCCCCCGUUGACUCCGCUAUUAGUGGCCGACCUUUUGCUCGAGCGCCUAGUGCACGGGAUGUGAGUUCAGGUCUUGGGACCACUGGUGGCUAUGCUACAUCUUCCGACGCCGAAGAUGAGGAUUCAAGCACAGACAUAAGUCAGUCCCGAAGUCCCGGACAUCAUCGACGGAAAGAAAAGGAGCCGGAAAAAGUCUUUGUUCCCGUAGGAGUAUCCCGCCUGCACCUGGUCGAAAUGCCGGACCUCAUUAUGAAACCAAUCUACUGGUCACCCAUCAACGACACGUCCGAUGUACUCAGGGCUACUUGGUUCUACAAAGAUACAAUGUUACCCGUGCCGGCAGAUGUAGCCAAUCGUUUAGAAGUGGGCUAUGAGUAUAUCAAGCCAUACGCCAAGUCUUAUCAGGAUGAAUUCCAAGCCUGCAUCGAAAACGGCGCAUCUGCCGAGAUGAAGGUCGUAUAUAAGCUGUGGCCUGACGACUCCAAGUCCAGCAGGCCUGGUACGUCCAUGAACUUGGAAGCAGAUACGAAAGUCGGCGGUCAAGAAGAACUGAGUGGGAUGAUACCGGAAACAGCAGCGAAUGUAGCUGCGGAUCCUCGAAAAGCGAAAGACAAACGAUUGUUCUCGACGCACAGCGUUAUAUAUGUCGAUGGGAAAAAUGCUCAGAUAUUGAGGCCAAGUUUGUUACCAUCUACCAGCCAAAACCGUCGACCUCUGAGUUCUGUUCGAAAGGGAAGACAGAUCGGCGUCGCCGUUGUGCGCGGGUUCGACCGAAAGGCUUGGCUGAAGGCUCAUCCAGAUCCCAAGAUGAAUGCAAAAGCUGCUCAUGCCAAAGUGGGAGCAUACAUGUCCCAAUCGGGAGACGCGGCCACCAGAGGACGAAGAACGUCAUGCAGUGCUUGCGAGCAGGAAUCAAAGGCUCCAAAAGUGUCGGAUCUUGUGCUUGUGAUACACGGUAUUGGACAGAAGCUCUCCGAAAGAGUAGACAGCUUCCAUUUUACUCACGCAAUCAACGGACUGAGGCGAGAGUUCAAUGUUGAAUUGUCAACAGAGGCUGUCAAAGGAAAUACGAAAAACGGUACAGGCGUCAUGGUCCUACCCGUGAACUGGCGUUUGACUGUGUCCUUCGACGAUGAUGACAAAUCAUUGAGGGAAGAGGACAAUAAGUUUGCAUUAAAGGAUAUCACUCCCGAGACAUUACCCAGCGUACGCUCACUGAUCACCGAUGUUAUGUUGGACAUACCAUACUAUAUGUCGCACCACAAAGCAAAAAUGACGUCGGCAGUUGUACGCGAGGCAAAUCGAGUAUACAGACUCUGGUGUCGAAACAACCCCGGGUUCGAAGACUAUGGCAGAGUCCACCUCGUUGCGCAUUCUCUCGGUUCUGUUAUGGCUAUGGAGAUUCUCGGCCAGCAACCCACCAAAUUAGGCAAGGACGUCACAUUCGACGGCAACAAGCCUAGUGACAAGUACUUCGAGUUCGACACCACAAAUUUGUUCUGCUGUGGAAGUCCUGGAGGUUUUUUCCUCCUCCUAAACAACGCCAGUCUUAUUCCCCGAAAGGGCAGGAACAAGGUCGGCAUGGAAGGCGAAGAUAAAACCCCGGGGAUCGCAAGUGAAGCCCGAUACGGUUGUCUCGCCGUGGACAACGUUUACAACAUCUGCCAUCGUAAUGAUCCAAUCUCUUACCUGCAAAACGCGUCAGUCGACCAAUUGUACGCGGCAUCCCUACAACCUGCUUCGAUUCCAAGCGCCAGCGUGGGUUUCAUGACACGGCUCGGCAACAGUUUGCGCUGGGGCUCGACUGCAACGUCCUCGGACUCGUAUAAAUCUGUGGCGACCCCAGCCCGACCCGAAUUACAACACAUACCUAGCACAGUGGAGCUUGAGACGCACAACUUCACACGCGAAGAGAUUGCUGAAAAGAGGAUGUAUCUGCUCAAUGACAAUGGGCAGAUUGACUGGUUUCUCAACUCGGGUGGUGGUCCGCUCGAGAUCCAGUAUCUUAACAUGCUGAGUGCCCAUAGCAGCUAUUGGAUUCUGCAAGAUUUUGUACGGUUCCUUGUCGUGGAGAUUGGCAGAGAGCCUGGGCGACAGCAUACGCUUCCGGUUUUGCGGGCCGUAAAGAAGAGGGAAUACAAAAGAGGAGACAUUGUUUGAGGCUUUUGUCUGUUUACGCCAGAAGUGACGGGCUGACGAAGUAUGUCUUCAAUGGGUCAGCCAUACGACGGACGUCCUCGAGUUGGAAAGAGGAGGAUGUAUAGAACUGCGUUGCAUUGCAUGGUUUGGUGUUUUAUCCUUACGACAUUGAUACCCC